AUCCAAAAUCGAAUAUCCAAAUGCCAUGGCUAAUUAUGGUGGUUAGUUUCGUUUAUCACCAUCAGGCAUCAAGUGGCAAUAUUGCCAACCAUGUAUGAUUCACCAAUUAAUCAUUCAGUUGACACAAUUAUAAAAAGGACAUCUUACCUUAAUGAAUCACUGUCAAAUUAGACUUUACAGGCUAUCUAUCAUACGGCUUCUUUUGAUACAUUUAUUAUUUUGGUUGUUUAGCUUAUAUUUAUCACAAUAUUUAAAUUCACUGACAGCUAUUUCUAACAGGCAUAUUAGGAAAGUCCAACGGUAACAACACCAGUAAUAGUCACAAAACUAAUCCAAUUGCACAUAACUAUUCUGGAAACAAGAGGAAUUAAUAAGAAAGGAACAUAGAAGAAAAAAAAUUGCAGGAACGAAAAGUAAUGGUUGUUUCAUCCCAUAUUUAACAAGAAAUAAUUUUCUUGUUUAUUUCUCUACAAAAAAAAAAAGGAAUGCUAGAGAAUGAGAAGGAAAAUUUAUUCCUUGUGAAUGGUGAAUCUUUUUAGGAAUGUUAGGGAAUGCAUUAUUCCUUGUCGUUCUUUGAUCACCGUUCACACCCGAAUAUUUAUGUACUGUCUAACUUAUAUUAUGCCAAAAUAAUGUACUAUUGAAUCAAAUAAAAAUGGUCGUUACUGUAUGUGUAUAUAGAUAAAAUGCAUAAUUAAACUAACGGGUGGAUCACGUAGACAGGAAGACAUGCGAACCUGCAACUCCUUGGUUCUUGCACUAAACAUACUAGCUGUCUCCCAACAUUUGCCACGUCAUACAUUAAUGAUCUUUGAAAUCUCCAAUUAUGAAUCACAGCUUGCUAAGUCAAAAGUUUAUUCACAUAAUCAGUAGUAUUAACUUCUCCAAAUGUAACGUUAAAUCCAUUGUCUGUGGAUUGUAUACCAUAUGGAGACCGGUUCACCUUAUAGGAAUAUGUUCAUUAGUCAUUAUCAACAUAUCCAGAUUACUCACGGCCCAGUUAUAUUCAAUUUUGUUGAAAAGAAACAAAAUUUAAAUAUUAUGAUUGCCUCAGCCUGGGAGAGUAUAUAGAUAAGCAGCCCCAUGUUCCAAUUAUGCGUUUGCAUGUUAGUCUGCAGUAUUUAUUUUUAAAUAUAUUAAAAGAUUUUGAGAAUCUCGUUUAAUUAAUCCAAAACAAUUCUUAAUCUUCCUCUUUUUAUACGGCUGUUACAUUUUCCUCACCUUCACAGCUCUCCUCGCUCUACAGCCAAAAGAAACUAGAAAACGCAUUUUAAGAGAGAAAGAGAGUAAAAAUGGGUUCCAAAACUGUCAUGGUGUUCUUGAUCAUGGCUAUCUUCGCCGCGUCAACACUCGCUCAAGCUCCAGCUCCUACUCCCACCGCUACUCCUCCUCCACCCGCCUCAACUCCUCCUCCCGUAGCUACUCCUCCACCAGUGGCCACUCCACCACCUGCCGCAACCCCAAUCCCAGCCCCAACCACCACUCCACCACCGGCCGCAACCCCAGCCCCCGCAACUACACCACCGUCGGCAGCUCCGUCUCCAUCUGUUGUUCCCGCCGCCUCUCCACCAGCUCCGGAAGGUCCCGCCUUGAGCCCAAGCGGACUUUCUCCAGGGCCUUCUGAUGAAGCGGCCGCCCCAAGUGCCGCUUUCUCCAACAAAGCUUUCACGGUUGGAACCGCUUUCACCGCUAUUGUGUACGCCGCUAUUAUGGUUUGAGAUCUUUUCACGUUUUCAUUUUUUUUUAGUUUGACCCCAAUUAUUUCAUAUCUUUGGUGUUAUGUGAGA